UUGGCUGUUUUGCCAGCGCCAAGAGUGGGUUUCGCCCAAAUGCCAUUAAGUUUUUGGGCUUCGCCCGUUUGCCAGCGCCAACCAUCGCUCUCCCGCUGAAAUGCCCUGAGGUCCGAAUUCACUGUUGAGGCCAUAUUUCUUACCCGUUUUACCCUUCUCCCUUUCCUCUUCAACUUUCACGGUCACGGACAGAGAACGGACCAAAUCCACUUGCUUGCUCCUCGCCACGCAUCGAGCCGGCCCGUCCGUGCGCCGCCGCCGCCGACGACCCCGACGGCCGCCGUCCGCGCUAGCCUCCUCCGCCGCCCCCGUCCGCGCCAACCGCCGGCGCUGACGACCCCGUCCGCGCUAGCCUACGCCACCGCGCCCAGUCGGCUGCUGCAGCCCUAGCCCCGUCCGCUCGUCGCCAUGGGAUCUCCGAUGAAGUCAACCUCUGCUGGCUCAAGCUGCAGUGGUAAGUGCCCCAAAUGCCAUGUUGGUUCAUUGGUCCGAAUCCAGAGCCAUCAGCCGAAUACGUAUGGGAAGUGGUUUGUCAAGUGCUCUGAGAACAUCUGGGGUGAUCCAACUACUUGUGGUUACAUUCGCCCUGAUGUGCAGAAUGUUAAGUCAGAAGCACAAGAACAUGGACUGGAGGCUGAGCCAUCUGCCCGUGGCUGUUGCUCUGAGAUGAAAGAUGAAGUUAAACUGUUGAAUCAAAGAAUUGACAGUGUUGUAACUGAAGUGUGGAAUCUGAAGGUAGCUUUUGUGGGAUGUGUAGGUGUCGUGAUUGGUGUUUUAGUUGCCUAUAUGCUUCUCAAGUGAAGCGUGUGUUGUAAUGGAGACUCAAUGUAAUGCCACCAUGACUUUGCAAUGAAGAAAAUCCUUGCAGGAAAUCAUGUGUCCCUUCUUAUUUUGGCACAAUUUCAUGAUCUCAAUAAUAUUCCAUAAAUAUAAUAGAUUUCAUAAAGGUUCACGCAACACAUAGGUACCAUUUAAGUUACAGCAACACAAGUUCAUCGAGCAGGUUGUCCAGAUAACAGAAGCAAAAUACAUAGGUUCAGAUAACAUAACAUGAUACAUAGGUUCAGAUAAUAAAUGAC